UAUUCUCGAGGAACUUAUGGCCCAAAAGGAAGGACUCCCUGCUGGUAGGCUUAGUGCCAUGGUAAUUGAUGAAGAUAAAUGCCAUGCUGAUUCUACAAGCUACAUGCUUUCUGCAGAACUCAACUUUUCUGUCACUGUAUUUACAAGCCCCAUAAAAGCACUAGACUUUCUUCAGAAUCAUGCAGAAGGUGUUGAUUUGGUGCUGGCAGAUGUCCACAUGGAAGAGAUGAAUGGUUUUGAUUUCCUUAAAGUUGCAAGAGAGCUUCAUAAAUCCAUUCAAGUGAUUAUGAUGUCAACUGAAACGACAAUGUACACAAUGAAGAGGUGCGUCAAACUUGGAGCUCAAUUUUUGGUCAAUAAGCCCCUUGAUGCUGGAACCAUUAAGAAUUUGUGGCAAUAUGUUGACUUGAAAGUUCUAAGAAUGGAGAAGAUCAAGGACUUGCUUCAAGAUGCUUCACCAAAAAAUAUAAAGAAGAUCAUGGGUGUGGACAACAUUGAUUGUAGGCAAAUUGCUGCUCAUCUGCAGAAACAUCGACUACGGCUAACAAAGGAUUUGAAGAAAGCAUCAUUUACAACGGAUACCAGCAAGGAUGAAUCAAAUUCUAGAAUAGGGCCUGCAGAGAGUCAUCACGUGUGCCGCAACGCAAGUACACUGCAGCCUCGUUCCAACACUCAACCUACAGAAACAACCAUGCAAAUCCUCUCUGAAGACGCUGAAUAUGACGAUGUUUACGCCGCGAUGCGAAGAGCCUUACAGUAUGGGAUUGUCUUUGAUGAGUCCAAGCAUUCCAGUGAUCCUUCUGGUGAUGAGGAUGAACAAGUUGUGGUAGGAGGAGAUCAAGAUGGAUGUGCCAAUGAAGCCAAUGACAUAGACUCAUCUGGUGAUCAUCAUCAGGUUGCUGCUGUUGUCACUAAACCAUGCAACGCAAAUGCUUCACAAGAGAUAAUCAACAAGAUGACUAAUUCUGAUGGUAUGCAAGCCACCAAAGGAAGCAAGGCAGCAGUUUUCCGCCUUGUGGAUUAUUCAGAAUCCGAUAGCGAUUAG